UUUGAUAAGUCAUGCUUCUCCCCUUGCCGUGAAAAGCUUCAUCUGUUCAACCUCCCCGCAUCACCAACUCUUUCUUGCUCUCUGCUCAGCUCUUAGCUCCCUCUGUGGAGCUGGUUCAAGAGCAGGGGCUGUCCCUCUGCAUGACCUCUCUUGCUUUCUUCUCAGCCCAUAGAAGAUAAGGAAAGAUAAAUGCACCAGCAGAACUGAGAACAGCUGGAGGAAGUCUCUGAUCAACUCUGUUACUGCUCCUUUAAACUAGGAAACAAAACUUAAGGCUGUUCCUCGCCCUGUCCAGGGAGAUCCCUCCGUCCCAAGCAGCUCUUAUGACCAGGUUCACCAAGGGGUGGAAUGUGGCAAUGCUUUCUGAUGGAUGGACUGUGAGUCUGGGGAUUCUGCUUACACUCCAAGGAAUGACGUGCGGGGAGAAGAUAGCAGAGACUGGAUCCUGCCAGCCUCAGCCUUCCUGCCAUGAGUGCAUUCAGUCCCACCCCAGUUGUGCCUGGUGCAAGCAGCCGGAUUUUGUGCAAGCAGGAGAGUCUGAUGCAGAACGUUGUGCCCCUCGGCCAGAGCUGGAGCAUCGUGGCUGCCUUCCAAGUGAGAUCAUGGAUCCCCAAGGCAAGCAGCAUAUUUUGGAGGACAGGCCUCUGAAAGAUAAUAUGUACCAUGAAAACAUCAUUCAACUAUCACCUCAAAGAAUUGUUCUUCAGCUUCGGCCUGGAAAAGAACAGAGUUUCACUGUCCGCUUCAAACGGGCUGAAGGUUAUCCUGUGGACCUCUACUACCUCAUGGACUUGUCCUACUCCAUGAAGGAUGACCUGGAGAAGAUCAAACAACUGGGAAGUGACUUGAUGGCGACCCUGCGCAAAGUUACUACCUCAGCGAAGAUUGGGUUUGGUGCCUUUGUAGACAAGACGGUGCUGCCUUAUGUAAAUAUGGUUCCUUCCAAACGGAAACAUCCCUGCCAAAACCCAAAGGAGAAUUGCCAGUCGGCGUUCAGCUUUCGGCAUGUGCUCCCUCUCACUGAGAACGCCAGUGAGUUUGAGAGCAGGGUCAGUCAGCAGGGCAUCUCUGCCAACCUGGAUUAUGCAGAAGGAGGCUUUGAUGCUAUUAUGCAGGCAGCCAUUUGCAAGGAGCAGAUUGGCUGGCGUAAUGUGACAAGUCUGCUGGUUUUCACUUCAGAUGGCACCUACCACACUGCAGGGGAUGGGAAAUUGGGAGGGAUCUAUAUGCCCAAUGAUGGCCUCUGCCACCUGGAUGCCAAUGGUGUAUAUAGCAAAAGUCACCUCUACGACUAUCCUUCUCUUGGGCACUUGGCUGAAGUGUUGUCCAAAUCUAACAUCCAACUCAUAUUUGCCGUGACUAGGACCAGGCUCUCCUUAUAUAAGGAGCUGAGCAAGCUUAUUCCAAAGUCAGUGGUGGGGGAACUGAAGUCGGACUCCACAAAUGUGGUACAGCUCAUAGAAGAUGCCUAUAAAAGUCUCGCCUCCACAGUGAAACUGGGACAUUUCUCAGACCUUCCGCCUGGGAUCUCCAUUGCUUAUGACUCCCAUUGUGGGGACACAGAAACCUAUGGGCAGACAGAGGGUGGAGAAUGCAGUGACGUGUCUGUCCACCAGUUGGUACAAUUCACAGUGAAGAUAAUGGCAACCACCUGCCUCCCUGAGUCCCAGAAACUGAUGUUGCGAGUUUUGGGAGUGGGAGAGGAGGUCCAAGUAGAGCUGUCGACAGUCUGUGAAUGCCAGUGUGGAGAUGCCCAGCCUGAUGCACACCACUGCUCUGGUGGACAUGGCAACCUCACCUGUGGCAUUUGCAGAUGUCACGAAGGCUAUGUUGGCCGGCGCUGUGAUUGCAGAAAAGAGGAACUACUAAGUUCAGAAACUGUGAGCUUAGCAAGUAGGCCCUUCUGCAGUUGUGACAACGUUGCUUGCGAACGACAUAAUGGGCAACUCUGUGCAGGUAACGGGCAGUGCCAGUGUGGCUAUUGCCAAUGCCAGGCCAACUACACUGGCAGCGCGUGUGAGUGCAGCCUGGAUACCAGUGGAUGCACUCAGGAGGGCAAGAUCUGCAAUGGGCAUGGCCACUGCGUCUGCAACCGAUGUCAAUGUGACACUGGGUGGUUGGGCGUCCACUGUGCUAACCUCCAGAUGACCUGUGAAGCACACAGGGAUUGUGCCGAGUGCAAGGCUUUUGGGACUGGACCACUGAGUCAGAACUGUAGCAAUUCCUGCAGCCAAACGGUGAGAGUGUUGGUGGCCCCUGUGGAUAAGAGAUGGUGCCAGAUGAAGGGAGGAGAUGGACGCCUCCUCAUCUACCUCAUUGAGAAGGACAAGACAGGCGGCAUCCUUCUUACAGUGAAUGACGAAAAGGUGCCAGAUCGUACCAGGUGGCCAAACCUGAUGCCAGUGUUACGGAGUGCGCUGACUGUGGUGAGCAUAGGAGUGCUUCUCAUUGCCCUGUCCCGUGGCAUUGUGGAGAUCUGUGACCGGAGAGAGUUCAGACGCCGUGAAAAAGAACAAAAAAGUGCCAAGGGGUCUCAGGUGAACAACUUCAGGUUCAGGAGUGCCACAACGGUCAUCAACCCCCAGGACAAUGGUUAUGAAAACAUUGCAAACAAAACUUGACAACACUGUGCCAACAGCUGAAGAUACUUUAUGACUUUGGAGGAGAGACAUCUGCGUGAAAAUUUCCCCCUGAGCAAGCUCUAGAUGUAGUUCGACUUACAUCACAAACUAAUCUCAAAUGGGAUUGAAAUAAUGAAUCAAUAUGUGUAGCAAAAUCUCAAAGUGAUUGAUCAAUAAAAUCUUUAUUGUACUGUGCUUUUAUUUGACACGGUGUGUUUUGUGCUUGGAAACACAUAGCGCAUUGAUCAGGGACAUGAAAUGCUGCAGCUGUUUUUCAGCAUUAUGCAGAAAAUUAAUAUUCACCUUGAGCAAAACCUAACAUCUCUUGCAUAGGCCCCACUUUCUGGUGAAUCUCCUUGAAAUGGUUCAUCCACACUGAUCUGCAUAUGGGCUGCCACUGUCCCCAAUACUGUUAAUAAGGGUCAUUCCUCACUUGCACCUACCCAUGGCAUAAACUUGCCCUGGAAAGAUCUUUCUUUCUGAUGGGUCUCUGUGGUGCGGCUUUGAUUUCACCUCCAGCCCAUAGGUAAAAUAACCUUACAUUAUCCUUGGCUCUAUUGGUGGUGGCAACAAAAGCCACAAAAUGUUUAUUAAACACUCCCACUCACUGAGAUGAAGUCAUAGGGAUAGGGAUAGUCAUAGACAAGUUUGUUUAGUGUAGGGGUGAAGGUGUUGGCCUAGAAACCAGGAGACUGUGAAUUCUAGUUUCGCCUUAGGCAUGAAAACCAGCUGGAUGACUUGGGGCCGGUCACUCUCUCUCAGCCCAAACUAUCUCAGAGUUGCUGUUAUGAGGAAAAGAGUAGUAGUAUUAGUAGGUUCACCAUCUUCAGUUGCUUAUAAAGGGCAGGAUAAAAACAUCUAAUAAAAAAGUAAAUAAAAUAGGGAUCAUUUCAAGCUUUGGGCCCACAAUCAACUUUGCCGCCCAUUCUGCUAUUGUAUCCCUAAAGGAUGGACCCAGUAGCUGAUGUGCCUUCAGAUUCACACAACCCUGGCAAAGCUGCAUCUUUUAGCAUUGGGUUUCUCCUUGUAUUUUUCUGGCAAUCCAAUUUCACACUGGACUAAUUUAGUGAUGACUUAAUGGUGGAUAGACAGCACUAAUGCAGCAAAAGUGAAAUGAUCUAACAGGAGCAGACACCCCUUCCUUCCAAUAAAGUUAGGUGGUUUAAAGUUCCUGUAGCCAACCAAUACGCCCAAAUUUGGAAGUUGGGUAUUUUUGGAACCAUAAACCUGGAAGUUUAAGAACAGAUUGCUUAGCUUCCAGCACAACCACUGAUCGGGGCAUAAUCAACCUAAAGCCUACCUCUUCCCCACAGCACAUCUACAGUAAUAUUCUGAGCAGCUAUUGUGGCAACACAUAUUGUUAACAUGGACCCGAUGGUUUUUUUCCCCUUUUCUAUUAGGAAUGCAUUUUCUCCCAGAUCUAGAAGUGAGAGAUUUCUGCCUGAAAGCCGAGAGAGCUGUUGACAGAGCUAUGAUCAGUACGGACCAGCAACUUAAUUAUCUUUUAAAGUCAGCCCUACCACUCUGGCUAUGACCUUCUCCACCACUGGAAUGCAACUUCAGAAAACUAAAAGAUCAUUCAAAUCUGGUGAACACAGUAUCGUGCCAUCUUCUCUGUUCUUGUGUUCCACUGCAGGUCCUUCAUCCAAGUAUGCAGCAGAAUAAAACAAACUGGUCAAAGAAUAUGUAACAUCCAAGCUAAUGGUAUGGAGAAGCAGUGAAGCUAAGGUUUGGGAAGGAAAGCAAGCCGAGUUUAUUCCAAUUACUGAAAUAGAACACUCACACAAAAAGGAAAAGACACCACACUGUAAUGGUAAAAAGAUACAAGUUUAUAGCAUCUUAUAAAAACUACAAUUUAAAAGUGAUCCUGUCCUAGGGUAACACAACCCUGCCCCAAUUCCCUUCCCUGCGAAAUCAGUUGAGUUAAAGGGAAGGAAAAUAAAUUAUCUUAGAAAAAGCUAUUGGACCUUCACAUUCAGUCCACAGGGUAUCUGGUCAGGCUGAAGUGCUAGAUUGUUUUUUUUCCUUUCAGGAGGACUAUGUAAAAGCCAAAUAUGAACUGCAAGAAAAGAUCCGUCACAUCUUCUUCCUAUUUAAACAAACUCCUAAAUUAAGACCAGCAGCAGCACAUCGGAAAGCACCUUAAGGCACCCAGUCCAUGUGACAAGCACAAUUUGUCCUUCUGCUACCAGCACCCAAGGAAAGGAAUGGGAAUAGCAACAGUUCCCAAUGGCAUCCACUGUCAAAAUGAGAUUUCUCACUUCCAUGGAGGGAAAUUAGUAUGAUGGAGGACAAGGGGCAAAUAAAGCUCCUUCAAAAAAUGUGCCCUUGGCUACACUUUAGCGCAACACAAAUACAGGCACUCCUCAGGGUACACAAAGGUUCCAAUCCACCUGACUUUCGCACAGAUUGGCUUGCAUACACUGUCGUUUUACACACACACACACACAAGACAUUAUCUGUCAGAAUUACAGAGGUCUGGACUUGUAUAUCUCCUGGGGGGCUGUGUGUAUAAGCAACAUAUUCAGGUUGGACAAAGAUACAGGGGAAAAUCAUCACACAUACACUCUAAAGACUGGCUUCUCCAUCUCCAGGAGAGACAUUACCAUAAGACUGUGUUGGUAAAAUUGUGUGUCUCUUAUGUUCCCACAAAGGAAGCACAUUUUCACAUUUUCCAUUUCCAUUCCACAGAACCCCAUUUUCCAGUCUGCUGUGACCUGGAAUUGUCAAGCCAUCCAAUUCAUCCAUCUCUUUGAUACAAACACGUCAAAGCAAUUCCAUCCAUUGUGCUGGUACUGAAUAUUUUAAAACAGUACAUUGUUUUUACCUAAAAGCUAAGUCUCACUUUCCUGAACCUUCAACAUAUUAGUUCUCUUUUCACCUCACUGCCUCUGCAUAAUUUUAUUUGAAAAAAAAAAUCGUUCUGAUAUGGUUUUGGUCCCUUGCACUUUAAAGAGUGGCAAUCAGUGAAACUUCCAGGCAAGUUUCACUUCCUUUCAAUUUCAUCUCUGUAAAGAAAAAGAAAAUGCAAAGACCUUAGUGCAAUUAUAACCACUGCAUAACAUUUCUAGUCGAGACGAACCAAUAGCAAUUAAUAGAUACUAUCAAUUUCAUUAGGGAGGGUCAAGCUAUUUGUUUAAAUAAAACAACCUUCCACAGAAAACUAUUUCCCCGCAUUUUGCUAACUUACUGCCUGCAGGCAAUUUAAUAGAAAAAUGCUUGAACCAUAUUGUUCUGUCCAAUUAUUAAAAUUAUUCUUGAACUGUUACACUCUUUCUGCCUUCUCCCCCAUCAACAACACCAUACAGUACUUCACUUCUGAGCAAAAUUCAGCAAUGAAUGUCACAUACAACUUGUUUUUGAGGUUAACAUUCUUCUUCCUUCACUCCUGAACAAGGAAAGAGAGCUGGACAACAAAAAUUGGCAGACACCAAUUAAUGCCUAUCUAGAUUGUUGAUAAAUGACUGCGCUGGUCAAGAAUGUGGAAUUCCUCUCCCAGAGUACAUCGUGUUAACUAGCCUCCCGAGUUCCUAUGGCAGCACCCUAGCAAGAGGGCAGAGCCUAAGCAAAACACAUCCCUGUGCUCCUAAAGCUGCACAUGCUUUAGAGGACCCCAAAGAGCCCAGAGUCAUUACCCUGCUUGGCACGUAAAGCAUUUGGCAGUAUGAGGCGGUUCACUCAAGAGAUUCACCCCGUCUCUUAGAGAAAUACUAGGCAACAGUGAAUAUGCUUUAUAAUGCCAUGUCUCAAUUAUUGGAUUAGGACCAGAAGGACAGAAAAAUACAUCUAGUACUUGACAAAGAGAUUUCUUCUACUCAAGCAACUUUUUUUCUCCCACCUGAGCACAUUGUUACUUUCCCCUGAAACAGUUACAUUCCAAUUUCCUUUCCUCCUUUUUUCCUAAAUAUCUACAUUUCCUCAAACCUUUUCCUACAGCAAUUAUUUUAUUUCCCUUUGGUGAGAAACAAUCCUCAGGAAACUGAAAGAUAUUAGGGUGGUAUGUUUUUUUUUUCUAAAGAGCAGCCAUUUUCAUUUUUAUCAGCCCCACCAAAACUGCAACAAACCUCCAAGAGUUUGGGAUGUCCUAAUCAUUCCUAGAAACUGCAAACUAAAAGUCAAUGUUAAUUUUAGGCUGUGAAUAAUAUUGGCUCUUCCAAUGAACAAGGGAAGGGGAAUCAAAGAGCUUUUAUUUUUUAAAAAAUGAUCUCCUCUACAGUAACAUUCCCCAAGCUAAUGUUUUCCAGAUUUAUUGGAUUACAACUCCCAUGAUCCCUAGGCAAGAAGAAAGAUGAUCAAAAGAACAAUGCCUCUUGCUAGUACACUGGAAUCUCCUAAAUAGUUGAAAGGGGGGGGGGGCAACAAUCUUGAAUUUUUCAAACUUGGCAAUUGUUAAGAUCAGCUCCCAAAAUUUCCCAGCCACACAUCUGGGAGUUAAGAAGCCCACACAUCUUAAAGUUGUCAAGUUUGAAAAACAGUGAUCUAAAGUAUCCCAUCUCUGUUUAUAAAACCUUUCUACUUGCAGCCCCUCAAGAACGAAGCUCUCCAGCGUGACCAAAGAUCACCAUUCCUCUACCAACAUAGCCCUUGGUUAAAACCUAUCUUAAAGCAAGGCAUAACUCAAGAGUAGUUAAUUCAGGGAGGGAUGUAUUUGAAGCCCAAGUGAGAUUUGUAUCUAUCAUUCAGAUGGAGGUGUUUGCUCCUCUAACAAGUUUAUUCCAGACUCAAGAGACAAAUUAUUACUUGCCCUGUAGAAAGACCAUUGUAAAUGUGACGGGGGGGGGGGGGGGACAAGGGUCUUGGGAGGGUUCCUGCUUUCCCUUGCAAACCUGCCACUGCCUAUUGCAACUAAGCUGAAAUAAUAGCAUGUAUUAAAAAAUUGCAUAUUGGCAACAAGCCUUAUUUUCAAACUUCAACGAAGCAUCCCAGGAACAAUCAGAAUUCAUGGUGCAUGGGAAUGCUGACCCUCAGUCUUCCCAAGGUGUAUUUUAUUCCAAGAGACUUAUCAAGAGGCCCUCCCCUACUCUCCCCCCACAGAGAUCGCCGUUCUUCAGCAUGAGGCUUAGAAGAUGGGUGCCCAUGGACUAGAGCUGGCGCUUCAUAUUAUUUAUACGGAAACAGGAUUGCCGCCUAAGAAAGCUCUGAAUUCCACGUGAAGGGAUAUGUAACAGGUAGGUCCUGAAUGGAUGGCUAUUUACAAGGGAAAGUGAAGGGACCACACACAAUUAUCCUCCUCUCCUGGGAGGAAAACAGAGCCUUCCAGCCAGCUGAAUAUCAACCGGAUCUUGAUAAAUGGAACACAUCUAAGGUAGAUCUCUAUGUUGACCCAACAGCAUGUCACCUUCUGCAGCCCUUGUUUCUUGAAACCUGAAAGUUGAGACCACUAAUCACGGUUAAGAGAAUAGCACGGAAAGAAAAAAAAAA